AUGACGAAUGCCGUGGUUUUGGUGUUCAUACGUCUUAACGCAUUGCGGCCCGUGUGCAUUGCUGUGCACACGGGCUGCAAUGCAUUAAAACGGUUUCUAUAUCAUAGCAAUCUCAACAAGUGCUUCAAUGAUAACGAUCACCUCUUUAACAGGUCGAUAGCAGUAGAUUCUAACAAGACCAGAAGACAGUCUGAUGUUGCCAGUCCGGACUGCAAAGUGGAUGGCAAAUACAUUAUUGAAAAGUACUACGUUCCCUAUACGACCACUCAUAUCUUCUCGGCGACACUUUUUACUCUUGUUAUGGGAGCAUUCGCAUUUGACAAUCGAACGGCAGACUUGAUGGUCACGUGCAUAAUUACAAUGGCCAUUCGAGGAGUCGCACAUCAUGACAGCACGAGACAGAUCCACCGUUCACUCCUCGUUAUCAGUUCAACAAUGGUGUUUGGUUGGGUUAGCGCAAUGAUAUUGCAGAUGGUUACCAAAAUUCCAGGUCUCCACUUUGAAAGGCUACACGUUGAUUUGCUUGCAGGUAUUUUUGUGACCUCCGCAAGCGCUUCAAACUUCUUCGUCUAUUACACUAUCAGUAAAAAGUACCGCAACCUCUUCGAUAAGUACCUCUUCAUUCGACGUUUCAAAAAAGGGUUCACCCUCAGUUGUGCUCCAAACGCUACUGUUGAUGUGCUGAUUCUAGCUAACCGGAUCAAAGAAAAUCCACAGGUGUAA